AUGUAUGCUGACUUGGGCUACCUCAACUCGUACCUUGGUCGUCAAACUCUUUCCCUUUCUCGCCCACGGUGGACCACCAGCGAUGAUUACGUUCUGGAAGCAUUCGAUGACCCCUCUUUGGACGCGACAGCAGUCGUUUAUUCUGCACGAACACAAGGCUUUGCGGCGGAUCUCAACUGUACUGCAGUCGCAGUCUCAGAUGGUGGCAAGACGAAGAUCAUAUCCAACGAUCUUCCCGCGCCUGGCUUCAACGAGACGCUUUAUGGGACAGCGUUUUCUGUCAACAUCACCACCGCAAAUUGCCAACUUACUUAUCCCCUCACCGACACGAACACCGUUGUCUUCCACAGUGGUGUAAACGUCACGGCAGUUGAUCCAUCGUAUUUCGGUCGAAUUUACAAUCAUACGUGUCCUGGCUCUGGGCCAACAAGCACGAUCAUUGCUAUGAUUCGUACUGUUGGAGUGGGCAACUUUACUGCGAGUGGGAGUUUCGCCUUCGAGUGCUUUCCGACAUACACUCAAAGCAUAUUCUCUGUUUCUGCUCCAGCAUCUGCUGGCCGACCGGUUACUGCAUCAUUGAUCCCAUCGUCUUCGCAAACGAUCUCAGUUCCAGCUUGGGAUGGCAUUCUCGCCAAAGUCAAUACAUCAACCUCUGCAGGCCGUGGCGUACAUGCGACCCCACCGGCGCUGGGUCAGGAGGACGACCCAUUCGACAUAUGGGGUAAUGAUGUUCUGAAUGCAGAGCAAUGCGAUUGCGAUCCUUGGUUCUUCCUCCUGGCUCAUGCCCAGAACCUUACCCUUGCUCAACUUGGCAACGAUAAUAUCUUGCUGAAUGCAAGUCGGAGUACUUACUCGGGCCUCUGGACGGAUUUCGCCCAAACCAAGCUGAUGAACACGUCUCCUGCAUCCUCAGAGCGCUUGUUGGGCCAGGUCGCAACCACCUCUUCUCAGCUUGUUGCUCGACAAGCGAGCGUCCGAAUUGCGCAAGCGGCGUUGGCCGUGCUUGUGGUCGUGGCAGUUAUUGUCUUCGUGUUUCAGCCGCGAGCAAAUUUGCCGGUCGACCCUGCGUCGAUAGCUGCGCAAGCCUUUUUGCUCCAGCACAGCCGGGAGGAAAUCGCAGAGGUUGUACGAGACACGUCGACGAUGACUACAGCGCAAACACUUGCAGCUCUGGAAGAUUGCGAGUUUGCGAUCCAACACAACCGACGCCUGGAGAUUUUGACAAGAAGGAGUGGUCAGCCUGGGCAGAUUCCAAUGGGGACCACUUCUGCUCCCUCUUGGCGUCCCGUAGUCCUCAGCCCGGUCUUCAAGAUCAGUUUGGGAUUUGUCAUUCUCAUGACUAUCGUCGGGCUAGAAAUUGCUCUCAGACAAAGCGACAAGGACCAUGGAUUUGCGGACCUUCAUUCCGAGUCGGAAACAUCGUGGACCUACUUCGCCCCCAUCUACCUCUUCUUCCUUGGUCUUUUAGUGUCAUCAUACACAUUUAGCAUCAGCGCGUUAGAACCGUUUUUGCUCAUGAGUCAGUCUCCGCAAGUGGCCAGCAAGUCUGUGCGCUACACUCCCGCUCAACGGACGUCGGUUGGAUUGGCGUUUCACGCAAUUCGAUACCGGAGCUAUAUUGGCCUCGCAUGCGCAACCAUAAUGCUCCUCAUCCCUUUCCUCAAGAUCGCGGUUUCUGGUCUUAUCACCACUGAAACAUUCUCGGUUCAGAGCACAUCCAGUGUCGAUCUGCUCACCAAGUUCAACACGACUACGGUUUUCCCGCUGAACGACAAUGAAGACGAGGCACUGGUGAAGAUGUACUCCCCCGGCCAACUUCUUGCACUAUCGCAGAUUCCGAAAUAUAAUCUCCCGCUCCCGAAAUGGACCACACCCGAAGCAGCUGUGGGACAAGUUGAUCUGGGACAACUCGGGGCGCUUACCUCGGGACGUGCCAACUCGACAGUAACACUCCCGCUGCCAGUUAUGCGUGGCGCUCUUGAGCAAUGUGCUCCCCUUACCGACUACACGAUCGUUAACACUCUGAGUGGCGCAAAGGCAGUAAAUCUACCACCCCCGCCGACAUACGUCGACAGUGGAGGUACAAGUCGGUGCAAUAUGACCGGAAGAAUCAACAUGAUUCUGCGCGACGGGAGGGAAAAUGCGACAUUCACUUUGCCGUCACAACCCGGUUAUUUCGGGCAGAUUUUUGCCCCCUGGUGUGGUGGCUACGUCCUGAUAUUCGGUCGAACGAAGGACUCGGAUGCAAGUCAGAUCGAUAAGACAACAGUGGUAAAAUGCGAUACAUAUAGUCUUGCUCAGUCCACGCAAAAGGUCACGCUUUCUUACUCUGCCCAGAACGUGCAGAUUUUAUCCAUCGACCCCACCACCACAGACCUCAUCCCAAUGCUGUCUUUCCCGUACAACGAGUCGGGGUAUGUGACCAGGACCAUGCCGAACCAGAAUGCGUUCACCCUUGGGCCAACACAAUCCUCCAAUACAUUCAUGGAGAUUAUGAUACUCCACAACAGCUCGGCACCUCCCUCGGCCUACCUCGAUCCCGACUUCCUGACCAACGCUGCCCAAAAGCUCUACGCGAGCUACUGGUCGAUCUUCGCGUCACUCAACCUCGUCAUCCCCGUUAAUCAGUAUGCAUAUGGCAAUCAGAGCGGCCCCGCGCGGCUGCCGGUUGACGCGACGCUACAGUAUAGCCACCAACGAAUCGUCCAAGCCCGCACACCGACGAGGAUUCUCCAGGCGUUGUUGGCUGCAAUGUUGGGACUGGGGGUGUUGACAAUAUUUGCCGGUGCUCGAAAGCCGUCAACGAGUGGCGGGGUCGUUUUGGCUGGUGGAGGCGGCAUUGCGCUGACAAAGCCACCGUACUCGAUUGGCUCGACGAUGGCACUGUUAGUGGAUAGCACUUUUGUGGAGGUGGAAGGCUUGCGGGACGUUCGGAGGGAGGAAGACCUUGAUGUGUUGUUAGCACCGUAUCGGUUUGGACUUGGAUGGGGCUCUAAUACGAAGGGUGGGCAACGGUUUGGCAUUGACAUUACCGGGGAGAAAUAA